CGGACAGCGGAGAGCUCCAAGUCGAUGGGGCUAUCGAUGGCGCCAAACCCUGUACCUUUGAAAUGGUCGCCAAUGACAGCGUUCGUCCAGGCCAGAGUCAAGAGCCAACGGCAAAUCAGUACAGUCGAACAAGUUCAGCUUCCUGAGGAGACCCGCAAUUCCAGCGUCCUGGUGCUUGGAGGAACGGGUCGCGUCGGAGGAUCCACCGCCAUUGCUCUCUCUAAUUUCUGUCCUGAGCUUCGAGUUAUCGUCGCCGGUCGAAAUAGAGAAAAGGGAGAGACUAUGGUGAAAAAACUUGGGGAUAAUUCGAGUUUUGCUCAAGUUGACAUCGACAAUGUGAAAUCUCUAGAAAAUGCUUUGGAAGAUGUGGAUGUUGUAGUUCAUGCUGCUGGACCAUUCCAACGGGCUAAAAAAUGCAGUGUACUUGAGGCUGCCAUAAAGACUAAGACAGCAUAUAUUGAUGUUUGUGAUGAUACAAGCUAUGCAUUUCAUGCAAAAUCUUUACAGAGUAGGGCAGUAGCUGCAAACGUUCCUGCUAUAACGACUGGAGGAAUAUACCCUGGAGUGAGCAAUGUCAUGGCGGCAGAGUUAGUUCGUGCUGCAGAAAGUGAAAACAAAGAGAAGCCAGAGAAGCUAAGGUUCAAUUACUACACAGCCGGAAGUGGUGGAGCAGGUCCAACCAUAUUAGCCACAAGUUUCUUAUUGUUGGGAGAGGAAGUAGUUGCAUACAGCAAAGGAAGAAAGGUGAAACUAAAGCCUUAUAGUGGAAUGCUCAAUGUCGACUUUGGCAAAGGGAUUGGCAAAAGAGAUGUUUAUCUAUUGAAUUUGCCAGAGGUUAGAAGUGCUCAUGAGAUCCUGGGUGUGCCAACUGUAAGUGCUCGAUUUGGAACUGCUCCGUUUUUCUGGAAUUGGGGAAUGGAAGCUAUGACGAGACUCCUUCCUGAGGAGUUUCUGCAAGACAGAAGCAAAGUGCAAACGUUGGUUCAGUUGUUUGAUCCUUUGGUUCGAGCAAUAGAUGGGUUAGCUGGAGAACGUGUGUCAAUAAGGAUUGAUUUGGAGUGUUCAGGUGGUCGCAGUACAGUGGGCAUAUUUAGUCACAACAGACUUUCUGUAUCUGUAGGAACUUCAGCUGCUGCAUUUGUGCUUGCAGUUCUUGAAGGAAGCACACAGCCUGGGGUUUGGUUUCCUGAAGAGCCUGAAGGACUUGCAAUCGAGGCAAGAGAAAUUCUUCUCAAACGUGCAUCUCAAGGAACAUUUAACUUUGUGAUGAAUAAGCCCCCAUGGAUGGUAGAAACAGUUCCAAAAGAACUUGGAUUGGGAAUAUAUGUAUGAGAUUUUCCAUAUAUUAGAAAAAGUGAAGUAAAUCUCUUCCAAUUUACCCCGAAAGUAGAGGAAUUAUACUCAUACCUUUCCAUGGAAGAACGGGAAUGGCAGUGUCAUGAGAACCAAGGUUUACUUUCACAUAGAGGCUGUCAAUUUGUCCAGAAUCGUUAUCCAUUUUGAUUUUUGUUUGCUGCCUUUGACAGUACAGUUGUUAUUUUCGGGUUGAUGUGGUCCUUGCUUUCAUGUAACAAGUAUCUUGUUUCUGCAGGAAGUUCAAUGAAAUGCGAACAAAAUGGUGUCCCAAGAAUUAAUGUUUUAAUAGUCUUGCAUUCUUUUGAUCCAAUAGUUGUCGAUAAGAAACAGUUGUUGACAGAUAAUAACGAUAAAGCUUUUAGUCACUCAUGGAGCAUUGACAAUAUCGUGGGGGUGAAGUCUGGAUAAGGGGAUAAUGAUUGGCAUGGAAGCAUAAUGAACAAGAAGAAUUUUUCACGUAUUGUUAGCAAUUAAUAAUGAAACUGAACUGAACGUUUUGCCUUAAAA